GGGUAGGACAGAAAGCUUUAAACUGACUGCAAGACAACCAGUAUUCUGAACUAAUCUGCUGCUGAUUUUCAGAGGAUGCUGUCAGAAGGUUACCUUUACAGAAUCGCCUACCUCUGUGAGGACUCUGAGCUCUGCACCAACCAAGCAGUGGAGGAAGUGGUGUAUGAAAUGAGGUCCAUUAAUUGUUCCUCCAGGGAUGAAGCACAAGUAAAAAGCCUCCUUCAGAGAUGCAGAUCUGCUGGCAAAUGCAUUUCUGCUGUUCACUCUAGGGGUAGCAAACACAGCAGAAGGCAGAAAGACAAUCUCCAACAGUCCGUGCAGAACCCACUGCCUGAAGGGCAGACAUCUCCAACUAUGGAUGUCUGUGAAGGGCUGGUAAGAAAAGACACCUAUCUGGUUCCAUCCUCCUGCAAAAGCAUUUGCAAGAACUACAAUGAUUUGCACAUAGCUGGGGACUGCGUGGUGCCUAUUAGCUCAGUGGCAACUGAUUUUACCUGUGACAGUGGCAUAGGCCCCUUCCUGGAGUCCUCAGAGAUUCCUCCACCUAUGGAGUCCGUGCGGGUCCCCCCCAGCGAGACGGGCCGCAAGCAAGCCCAAGGCUUCUCAUCAUGCUGGCGUGUGGCGAGCUUGGUGCCUCACCAGCAGCCCCUCUCCGACUCGGCCCUCAACGACUACCUGGAGCAGAAGCUGAUGGAGCUGUACAAGCAGUACAUCAUGGACAGCACAGUCAACAGGGCAUCCCCCACUCAGAUCCUGGCCUCAGAGCUCAUCAUGACUAAUGUAGACCAAAUCAGCACGCAGAUAUCACGAGAGAGGAAAAUGGAGACCACCAAAGCCAAGGACAUUGUCAUCAGCCGCUUCUUGCAAAUAGCCAGUGAACAAAUAUUCUCAGAAAUUAGCACGCCCAGUCUGCAUAUUUCUCAGUAUAGCAACACUAAUGCAUAGUAUUAGAAAGUUUGCAGUUAGAAAACCCAAUUGUUAGUUUUUUUCUUUUAAGACAUCUUUCUGGUUCAUAAAAAUUUAUUUACUGUCUACCAGCUAAACCUUCCAGCACAUAUUAAAUGAAAAUAUCUGUACUGCACAGAUGUCCCUCUAUCACAUGCCAGAUGAUUUACAGUUUAAAAAAAAAAAAAAAAAAAAGUAUCCCCAAAGACUUAUUUCAGUGAGCCAUGGACAUUAAAAAUAUUUUGGUAGAAAAAUGACUAAGAGUGUAUGACACUCUUCCAGGUGUUCUCGUUCUUCCCCCUUGCCUGGCAUCUCAUUUCAACUUUCCUCCCCUGGAAUCUGCCUUACUACUUGGGGGCGUGCGAGAAGCUAUGGCUUACAGCACUGAAAGCACAGUGAUUGCAGAGCCACAGAAGUAGAAAAUUCAGUCUGGCCGCCCUCCCUGACCUAAUCAGCUUCACUUAUGUCACCCCUUCAGGUGUUUUUGUUAUCUAUUUUUAAUGAUAUCAAGUGACAGACACUUCACGGUUUAUUCUAUACUAACUUUAAUUACUCCAUUGGUGUCUUCCUAUUUACACAUUUCAGCAAGCAAAAACUCUUUCCAGAUAGACAUCAUCAGAGGGUGCGUGCAUGUGUAUCUGUACAUUUGACUGUAUGAACUGAACUUCUAUGCUGCUGACCUUUGUCUAUGACAGACAGACACCAUGUUGGUCAGCAGCCUGCAGGCCUGCAUCUGUGGAGCGGCCACAUAGGGAUAGUGGUGAUAAUAAAAUGAAUUCUACUUCAUCUUCCCCUCUUUUUAAGAGAAUUCCAAAUUGAAAAACAAAGGCUAAGUCAAAGCCUCAGUGAUUAAUGUGAACAGUUCCUUUGACCUUUGGUCAAGGUCAUCUGAACCUAAUAUAUUUCUAAUAGAAAGGUCCUUUUCUGUAAAACUUCAGCUCUUAAGAAGGUGAAAAUAGUAAUUAGCUGCCUCAUGGAUGAGGAUGGUUAACUGAUUUGAUAUGUAAACACACUGGCAAUGCCAAUCCAUGAUUGGUUGAAUUUCCAAGUGUAAGUAUAGUGUAAAUACUAAUUUAUAAUAAAUAUUCAUCAAGUGUUUUCA